AUGGCGCUGCCCAGUGCUUGUUUUGCGUUGCGGCGUCUCCACGCCGUAAAAUGAACGCGGAUGUGAUGGAACGAGAUGGAUUUACUCUAGUGAAACGACGAGGAAAAUCUCGGACGACGCAGGCUAAGCAGUUGCCCGCCGUUCAUCAAAAAGAAGACGACGAAGGACCAGAAGAAAGCGCUGUGCUACGUCGCAUCACCGAGGCAGAAGCCGACGUCGAGUCGUCGGCGUACUUCGAAAACUUUCUCAAUGUGCUUUCGAAGGGCCUGAAUGCGUUACCCCGCGAUACCAAAGUGCGCGAUGUUGUUUGUUACGGCCUUGGGAACUUCUCCGCGUGCGUCAAUGCACGAUUCCAGCUCGCGCUGCUCAUCUGUAUUCAACGACAGCUGAAUCCCGUUUUGGUGGAAAUCUACGAUCCAGUUUUCACGGAGAAAGAGCGUAAGAUGCUGGCGUCGUUCGGUUUCACCGUGCUGGUUCGCAACGACGAAGGAAAGCGCGCCGUUCGAGACGGGACACUCUUCUACAUGCCGCACUGCGGCACGCCGCUGUACAAUAGCGUGUUGUGGGCCAACUGGGACCCGGAUUCGUUGGGUAAAGUAGUCGUCUUCGGAAACAGCUUCGACACCCUGUGGACGAACAAACUUGACUCCACGCUUCAAAAGUGCAGUUUCUUGGUGAACGUGAGACCCGCAGUGCGCGAGUUCGCGAUCGGGAACGACUUCAAGUACUCGGACGUCUUCAACGACCUCUCGUUGCACGCUUUCGACGCCAGUCUAUUGGACGUGGACGUGUGGAGUUCGAGUGAAGAGCCCGUGUACGACGGCGAAGACGAAAUCAUCUUGGCUGUCGAAGAAAAGUGUAGAAUAUGAGUGGUCCUCGUCGUGUUUUGCGGGUGUCAUCACACGGCCAUUUUCGAUCGCGAUUGAGCUCGACCUAGAUAGAAUUUCUCGGGCCGCGAUUGUCUAAUUUCCUCAAAUGAGCUAAUCGCGUCCGAGAAAUUUGAUAGCGAUCGAAUGUACACCGCCUGGAGUGUGACAGCCGUAAGUGUAAAUAAUGGCAGUUUCGCACGUCAAAGUAAAAUAGUUG